GAGGCCACCAGCCAGCAAAUGCUGACGGUCGAUGGCUUUCUGCCGUUCCUCCAAACUCCAGCAAAAGUGCAGGAGUGCCGCCCCCGAGCCCGGGAGCUCCUGGCAGUGAACGUGGCGCGCAGCACCCCAACAACUGUCCCCGCGCGCUGA